CAGAAGGUCUUACUCCAGCAGAACAGAAGUAUUCGGUAUAACAAGAACAGAUAUGACUCUAUCAAAUUGCUUGCACCCAAGCUAGAAAAAGGAGAAAUCAUUGAUUUUUCACAAUACAGAAUGGCAUCCAGUUAUACUGCCAUGUAUCUUCAAAUGAAACUGAGGGAUCCCAGGAGAAAUCUACGUCGAUCUUCAGGAGAUCAACAGCUAUCCAUGGAAGAUUGCAUGCCUGGCAGAGGAAAAUGGGUGAAAAAGAAGUACAUGCCUUUAGUCAAAGGCAGGAGCCAUGAGCCAAAGUCAUCAUCCCUCAGCAUGAUCUCGGCAACACAGAGGACCACAGCAACGGUGAACCCCCUAACUCCUUCCUCACUGAACGGACCAGUUGUUACAAAUGGGAGUCAUUCAUCUCAUGGGACGGCGAAUGCCCGAGGAGUUCAUACAGCCAGCUUUGCUGCAGCCCUUAGAAAACUGGCCAAACAAGCAGAAGACCCAAGAGGCUCUUCCCGUGGUGGUGAACGUUCUCCGAUAUCGUCACCAGUUGCCAAUCACAAUUCUCCUACUGGUACACCCAAACGGGCUCCGGGAACAAUAAUAAUUCCACCAGGAAGCCAGACUCCAGCAAAUACUCCACCUGUAGUUACUAUUGCUCCGACACAGACAGUCAAUGGACUUUGGAGAGGUGACAACAGACAGUCCUCAGACAGCACCCUGAGAUCCAGAAAUCACGACCACCCACUUUCUACAGAAUCUUUGCUGAAAAAGGACAAUGCAUCGCUGCCCACACACCUUGCUUCCUCGCACCCAGCUUUCUUUCUAUCUGGUCACUCCAUCCAAGGAUCACCAUAUUCAACAAUUAAUUUACAGAGACCAGUUCCACACUUGGUGUCUUCCAGCAGCAGAUCAGAUGAUUUCCUUGCAAGCUUCCGUCCAUAUCAUGGACGAGAUGAAAUUCAGACUUUGUCACCUCUGCCUUCACUUGGAUUGGAUUCUGCAACAGCUGCUGCAUCUGCAGCUUACUACCAUCCUGCCUUCCUAUCGCAUCUUCCUUAUCAGCAUCCACCCUAUAGGUUGCAAAUGGAUGAUGAGGUGAGACAACGAGAGAAAGAGCGUGAACACAAGAAGGAAAAGGAUUGGGAAAGGGGGACUCCUCAAGAAAGAGAUCCAGAUGCGAUCACAGAACAAGGCAGAAAGAGAGAAAAGCAGCAAAUAAUGGAAUGGGAGAAAGAGAUUAAACGAAGGAAAGAAAUGAAGCAGGAGAAAGACCUUGAGAUCGAACACGGGGUAGAGAAAAAAGCAAUUCCAACCAAUGACGCAGGAAGGAAACGUCUAGAAGGAUGGAAGGAUUUCAUUUCUGCAAUGGAACACAUCCAACCUCAUCAAAGGAAUGAUGAACAUAUAAGCCCAUGGCAUGUUAUCCCAUCAACUCCACCAGAGAAAGCCAAAGCACCCUCUCUGGGAAGUGGAAAAGUUCGAACUUUGCCUCUAGAGCCUAUCGCUGUGCCUGCUUCCCCUUCUCUCCUUGGGGUGUCCUCAAACUUUUCUUCACAUUCCUCAUCCUCGGAGGGAAGGUGUGGGCUGCGUCAAUCACAUUCCUCAUCCUCGGAGGGAAGGUGUGGGCUGCGUCAUAGCCCUCAGCAACAGGGGAGGGAGGAACAACCAGGACAUGGAGUUGACUUCCGUCAGCAUCACUUUCAGCAACUUCAAAGGGAAAAAGGGCACCAGGUUUCCAAGCAGGAACGAGAUAGAAGCAGAACAAUCUCAGAAGAUGAAAACCAGGAUCGACCACAACAAUUAAGAGCUCCUCCUCCUCUCAUCUCUCCACACCGCUCUUUGAGAGACACCUCCCCUCUUCCAAGACCCUUUCUGUCUCCUCAUGCACUUCAACCAGCUCAAGCACUUAACUACAGCACUAACUACUCUAGAAUCAACAAUGAUGCACUGAAGGACUCAGAGAAACCUCUGAACAAUAAUUUGAAAAAUGAUGCUUUCAAAAAGAUCACUGGAGAGCACUUUAGCCCAGAAUUUACUAAAUCUUGCACUGAUAAAGAUGUGAGUGUAACUAAAAAAUCUGGAAUGCCAAGUCUAAAACCUGGCACAGUGCCACAUUUGAAGGACCAGACUUCUAGUCAUCAAUCCACGAAUGAUUUCAGCAGUGACUUCAAACACCAAAUUGCAAAUAGCCACCUUGAAGAGAUACAGAAAGAGUGCUUGGAUUUAUCUAUCACCUCUGGAGCAACUGAUCUGAGUUUGAAAAACAGAAAGAGUUCUCCAGUGUCCAAUAUGUCUGUGCUUUGUAGCAAUUAUGUGACUGCCAGCUGCACGUACAAUCAAGAGCUUCUGCUCCAGCAACCUAUUGUCAGCAAGUUAGAUCUGGCAGAAAAGAAAUUGAAGGAAGCCAGAUUGAAUGGACAACAUUCUGAGCACCGUUCUUUAGCUGGCACAUUCUGCAAAGGAGAGAUAAGGAACAGAAUACGCAGAUUGGCAGAGCAACCUCCUCUCAAGCUGGAUGACACUCCUAGGAAAAUGUUGUUCCUAGGAGCUGUGGGCCUGACCACUCAGAGCAAGAAAGAAGAAGUCAAGCAGCAGAAGAUGAGAAAGCGCCGCAGGAUGCUGCGAGAACGCAGCCCAUCCCCACUUUGUUCUGAGAAGAAACAACUUUCUCCUCUUCCUCCUCCCUGGUUUUGUUCUGUCAGCCACUCUUCAGAGGAACUGAACAGGGCGGCUGAUUUUGAGGAAAAGAAACAGUUUCUUGCACUCUUCAACUUAAAACAUUUGACCGCAGCGCAAAGGAAAGAUAUUGAAGAGACUUUGUUGAAGCUGUUAAGUAAAAGUGGGAAGAAAUGCAAUCCUCAACUAGAUUCACAACUUUCAGAUCCACCUCAAUGUGACAAGGAUCCAGCUGUGCGGUCAGAUGCUGCUGGCAUGAUAGGUGUAGCUGACGUGAGCUGUCUCCUGGUGCUUCCAACUGACAGCAAUCUAAACACGCGGUCUCAGGAGGAUCUGCUGGCACAGCCUCAGGCAGAACAACACAGGCCCAGGCUGACACCAGAAGCAUCAGAAUCUGUGUCAAAGGAUUGCACAAGCAGCAUAAGUGAGAACAAAUCUGACAAGGUGGGAGUGCCGGAGCCUUGUAGCACCUCCAGUGGCCAGGGGAAACCAUCUGGGAUGCUAACCGACAGGAAUGGAAAAAUCAAACUGCUGGAUGAGUUUUUGCAGAACUUCCGUGAAUCCGUGUUCCAGAACAAUAAAAGCCAGGCUUCGGACCAGUCCAAAGUGGGUGUUGAGAAUGGUGCACAAUGCAGCUCACCAGCUCAGAGGUCAUCGCUGUGUGAUGUACCAAAAGAGCAAGUGCUCGAGAGUAUAGAUCGGAGCAGACAGGUUAACCAGCAGUCAGAGGAAUUGGACAGCCAGGUUGAAAUGGAGCAGCAUCUAAAAUGGCAGGGUGUGACGGGCGUCCUUCAAGCCUAUCAAGAAUAUAUUGAAGAGAAAAAUGUGGAGCGACAAGUCCUCCAGGAGCAGCUGAAUCAUCUCAAGGAAAGAAAUCGUGAAUUAAACUUGACAGCAGAGUACCUCAGUGCACACAUGUUGGAGCUGAGAAUGUGUAAACAGAAGUAUGAAGUGGAACGCCAGCACCAGCAAGCUGCCCUACGCAAUCUGCGUAAGUGCCUUGAUCUGACUCAUUGCCUGCCUGAAUCCUCACACAGAUGAAUUGAGGAAUUUCAUGCACUUGGGCAAGGACAAAACUACAGCCAGGAAGAAUGCGCCCCGAUUACAAGAUAAGUUGUUCCUUCCGAGCUGAUUGACUAGUUUCCACUUAUGUCAUUAUUGUUUGCUUCAAGUGUCAUCAGGAUACAGUGUCGAAGUUCUCAAUGGACUCUUGAAACCAAACUGCUCGAUUGACAGGAGUCUCCCUUUGCCAAACACCUCAGCUUGCAUAGUUACCCUCCACAGCCUAGCUGGACCAAAAGCUACACUGAGGACUUAUAAUGCAAAGCUGGAUAGUGACACUUUGAGGAUCCUCAGGUUACAGUAAAUAAUGCAGAAAAAGUGAAGUGAAUGUGUAAUCAAAGUACUUUUCUGUAUUUAAUAGAAAACAUGUUUAGGUUUCUAAUUUGUACAUUAGCUGGAGAAAGCAUUUAUUUAGAAAUUUGAAGCAGAAGGGAAAUUUAAUUGAGAAGGCCUGCUAUAUAAAGUAACAGAAAAUUGUCAGCAAAUAGAAAUGCUAAUUAUUAACUAUUCAUUUAUUUCAUUUGGACCAGGUAAAUUUUAAGGAUAAAUCUGAGUGUCAUCAAUGUGUCAUGAGCACUUAACACAUUCUUAUCAAAUUCCUUGCCACUACACUAACAGAAGCAUUAAUCUGUUUCAAGUUAUUGCCUCUACUGAAAUGACAGUGUGAAAGAAUUUGAUGUGGAUACAGUCAGCAUUCAGAACAUCCUUUCUAUGCUCUUCUUUCUUUUUAAAAAAAUCACACUUUGCCUAAUACUUGGAUCUAUGUAAUGUUGAUGUUUAUAUAUAUUCACAAUGAAUCCUUUUUUUUGGUUUGUAUAUUACAGUGCAGCAUUAUUCACCGAUUAUAAAGUUAAAUGUAUAUUUUGAAGUUCUGCAACGGGUUUGCUUUUAAUUCAGUUGUUGGUGAUAAAAAGGUACAGAUUUGCAUUGAAUUAAAUAGAUUAAUGCAGCGAUAAGGACAGGAUUUUGUAAAAGAAUAGGUCUGUAAUUUUACUUUGUUGCUUAACUAAUGUAAAUGCUGAGCAAAAAACUACCUUUUACUACGCAGCACCACUUCUAAUAUUAGAAAUUACUUGAAGUACAUUUUCUAUUUUUUUGUAAUGAAGUUAAUGAAAGCAGAUUUCUUGUUAUCACGUAGAGUUAUGUAAAACUGACCUCACUUUGAGGAAGAAUAGGGAUCAUAAAAUGUCUUUAUUCCCAAGUAUUAAGAUAUUUUUAACAGAAUAUACUAUGUGAGAUUUUUCAGUUGCCUAUAAAGGCAAAAUCUCAAGUAAAUGGAAUUAGCAUAACAUUGUUUAAAAUAAAGAUUAUUAAUUGAAUAAUGUGUAAUUAUGAGUAUUAAGGGAAUUGUUAUAAUCAAUCCAGUGCGUUUUGUGCUCUGUAGUUUUUUUUAGGACAAAGGCCUUUUGCGCAAUUAAAUUUUUGCGUCAGUUAAGUAUUUCAUAGCAGUUCCUAAAAAAGAUGACAAUUAAACUGUUUUAAGAAGUAGUUCUUCUAUUAAAUUAUUAGUGUAAUAAUUUGGUAUUAAAACUGUUUACCUAAAGGACCCUCAAUAAGUUGGUUUUCUUUCAUUCAGUUAUUUUUAAGCAUUAGCCAACAGAACAAACCAGCUAACUGUCAGAUGCGUAAGAUGAGGUUAGUCAAUGAGUUCUUUAACAAAGCCUAGGCAUUACCAUUAGUAACAAUUUUCAAAUUGUAACAGGUAUUUAUUAUUUGAAGUCAUGAUUUUUAAGUAUUUAUUCAUUAUGUCUGCUGUGACUAAAAUAAGCAUUUGUUAAUAAAGUUUUGUACACAUCA